CUUAAAUCUGAUCUGCAGCCAGCAUGAGGACUCUUCAGGAGAAAAUCCUUGUUCUUACAGUUCUUCUGUCGUUGAUCUGUGCCAUCCAGGUCGAUUCCCUGCCUCUGCCUGAUGAAUGGAAUGGUUUGAUCAGGAGGACAAAGCGAUCACUGUUGUGGCGCUGGAACAGCAUGAAGGCCGUUGGUGCCAGCUGCAGAGAUCACUCUGAGUGUGCCACACAGUAUUGCAGGAAAAAUAUCUGUUCCUUCUGGAUCUCCACUUGAAGGCGAAGAUACACAAACACAACUCCAUGAGGGAAACUGUCUGCAAAACAAACAUCCGUCUUUUGGACUGAAGAGACCUUUGUUAAAAUGAAAUGUUUGCUCUGAUACUCUGGCCUGAGCUGAUGAUGUGUUGGAUCAUGUUUAUCAGUGAGAGUCAUUUGAUGUGGUACCGCAGCAAAUCAAAGCUGUAAAAGCUGGAAAUGAACAGUAAAAUGGUUCCAUCUACACUGUUAAUGAUCUUUAGUACUUCUCUCACAGGUUG